AACCUUCCGUUUUUGCUAUGGAUUUCAUGCCACCUUAUCACUUUAUUGAGUGCCCGAAUAAUUCGUCGCCAGCUAAAACCAAUGUCGAUGUCCCCUGAGCUGACGGACCACCUUCACAGUGUGCGAGUUGUCCGGUAGCUAUAGUCAAAUUCCACUUGAAGUGAGUUGAUAAGCAAAGUCGUAUGUCAUAUAGGGAGAGUCGCAAUCAUUCGUAGCAGGUGGACAGGAAAGAGUUUUCCUUCUCCGGAGUACUUUAUACUUUCAGUGUCCACACUUAAGUUUUCAGCAGCUUUUUUUCUUCUUGCGAGACCGAGGUCAAGCAAGAUGCUUCGUUAUGUACUCGUUGUGGCGCUCGCGCUGUGUCACAUAGGAAUCAGUGCGGGGACUGGGUUCGACGCUACCUUGCACACUGCCACCCCGCCAGCUACUAAUAAUUGGCAUGGACGAGAGGAGAAGUUGGCUGGUGUGGAUGUCUACGUCAGCGGAUCCCCAACUGCAUCCAAAGCCGUUCUCAUGAUCUCUGAUAUUUACGGAUGGAAAGCUCCCUUGUUCCGUAAACUUGCAGAUACAGUGGCUUCCGCUGGGUUUUAUGUGGUGGCGCCUGAUUACUUCAACGGCGACGCCCUUACUGACAUAGCAGAUCUUCCUCAGUGGUUGCCUAGACAUCCUCCGGCCGGGUCGGUCGAAUUGACCUACACUUUUGUCAAAGCGUUGAAGGAGAGUGGAAUGCACUCGGUGGGUAUUGUAGGAUUCUGCUGGGGAGCGAAGGUGACAGCACUUUCAGGAAAGAAAAAGCAUGUGAACGCAAUUGUGCAAUGCCAUCCUUCCCUUACAGAAGCCUCAGACUACCAAGAGAUGGCGGUGCCAUUUUCAGUAUUGGCAGCCCCAACUGACGGCAUUGGAGAGUUGAAAGACGUCUUUAAAAUGAAGAGGAAGCAGGUAAGGCUGUACGUGAAAAUCUUCACCCAAGUGCGUCACGGAUGGACUGUUCGCUACGAUGAAACAGACAAGCAGGCAGUGAAGAAGGCUCGGAAGGCACAUAUGCUCGUGAUCAAAUGGCUCCGCAAGCAUCUGUGAACAGAUUAGAACACAUGCAUUCUUGUGUAUACAUUCCGUAGAACGGGCCAACAAGCCUCAUUGAGGAUAUAAUUAUGACUCUUCCAUGCGGUAGAGACGAAUUCAUCAUA